AGUGCGAAAACGUAAACAUAGCGAAUCGUAAAGCUUAAGCGAGCGGUUGGAUUCAGCUCAAGCAGCGAAGGAAUACAAAAAAAGUGAAUUGCAAUUGAAGUAUAGUAAAAAAUAUUAAAUUAAAUUGGAAACGAUUGAUGCACUUAAAAACGGUCAAAAAAUAAGUAAAUAAAAACCCAAAUAUCGAACCUAACAUUCGAUAAUUUAAACAAUUUUAACCUAAAAACGUAAACAAAGUUUGUGAGUUCAAAAACCUUGAUUAAGGAGCAGCAAUAAUUUUUAUAAAAGAAAAUUGUGAAAAUAAAAACUACUCCAACAAAAACCAAAACCCAAAACCACACCUUCGGCUCCAGUUUGACACUUCAAUCAGCAAUAUGAGGCGAUUAAUCGUUUUUGCCUUCCUACUGCUCAUUCCACAGUCACCACUGUACUGCAACGCGGCCACCACAACCCAGCAAUCUAACAUUCUGUUGCCACACGCCGACAUCAAGAGCCGCAAAUUCCAAACUCAUUUCAUUGAUGAGCUCAACGCUUUGGUGGACACAGCCGCCGGCGAUCAUCUCAAUCGCCUACUGCAGGAGCUGCGCGCUAACAAAGACUAUGUCGCCUAUGUGUCACGCAUCGAGUCAGCUGCCAGCGCCACAAGACUCCUGCCGAAAAUCGUCUACCUCAAGCAGUUGCUCGACCUCAAGUUGAACGAGCCGCCGCACAGCGUCGAGAGCUAUUACACGGUGCGCAAUCUAAACUUCCUCGGCAAAUUGAAGCGUCAAUUAUUGCAGCUGCAGGAGGAGAGCGUCACAGAGCUGCGUCAUUUGCGCUGGUACAAUUUAUGCGAACAAUUUUGGUACCGCGAUGCGCUGUCCAAUCAAACACAAACGGCGACACACAAAGCCACACCGCUACCACCCACGGCGCCGCAUUACUGGGCGAAUGUCAAGUUGGCGCCACUGCGUGCCGAAACUGUAGUCGCCUCAACGGACGCAACGCCCUUGGCACAUAUCGAGCUCGAACGUUUCGCACGGCUGCUGUAUGCAAAUGUGAAGGCGGCCGGCGCGGAGUUAAUCGAUGAUUAUUUGUUCACCGUACGCAAGCUCUUGCAGGAGGCCAUUGAAGAAAAGCACAUUGCGGCUAUGUCAGCGACGGAAAAUGAAGAGGGGAAGUUGGAGCCAUCCACUGCCGACUCGCAUACACUGCACGCCACCAAGUUAAGCAAAGUGUUGGCCGAAAUCGACACAAUACUUGCCAUUGAUGACUUCUAUGCGAAACGCAAUCGUUUGUACAGCUAUCUCGAAAAUGACCUCUCCACCGAUUAUGAGCAAUUUAAGAACUCGCAAUAUGCAAACGAAGACUUGGCGGAAAUGCUGGCGAAAUUGCAACGCAAAGGCGUCGACCUCUUUGUCACAUUCAUAUUCAGUAAUUUUGAGUUCCUCGAGCGUUUGCACGACACGUGGCGCAAGCUAUUGCCAUGGCCAACGAACGCGCACGAAACGCCGCUGCAGUACGAUGCGUCAUCACAACGCCUCUUCGACGUGCAUCGCUUGUAUGUGGAGUUCAAGCGCGAUUGGGAGAAAAGCGAACGCUAUAACGCCUAUCAGGGCGUGGUGCAGGCCCUCUAUGCGGACACGCGUAAUGGCAGUGCGAACAUGCACAUUUUCGAGUUGCUGAACAAUGCAUCGGCGAAUGUGGGCACUGUCACACUCAACAUGAUUAAGGCAAAGUGCGACGAGCUGUAAACUUAUAGGGAGUGGCAAGGGAGACAGUUAUUUUUAACAAAAGGGAUAAGUGGAAGGUAGAACAAAGGGGUUUAAUAUUUAGAUUUUAGCUAAGUCUUGCGGUUUAUUAUCACCACUUCAAAUCUAAAAUUUUGUGAACUUAAUAAAAUAUUUUUUUUAUAUCUUAA